GCCUUUUCCUCUAACACUGACCAAUGGCGUUCAACCUCCAAAGUCGCGCAACAUUCCCUUUAUGCCGUCUACCUUUGUUGUACGAUAUUUAUAAUUUUUUUUCUUCUGAAUAUGUAAAAUAUAAAUGAUUCAGAAUUGAUUCACGGUGUUUAAUCGGAUGCGGAUCUUUCAACGCUUUGUUUUUUUUUUUUUAGAAAUCUUACCAAGGUCUCUAUGGAAGCCCGCUAACGAUAGCGAGCUAGCUAACGUUACAGGAGCUAACCUUAGCUAGCAGCUAGCGGUGUAUUUUCGUGUUAUUGUUUUGAUUGAAGAACAAGUUUAAAGAAAAGAGCUUCGACUUCUUUACCGAAAUGACGUCUGCCUCUGCAAAGGUGGGGGAGAUUUUCUCAGCUGCAGGAGCUGCCUUCACCAAGCUGGGAGAGCUGACCAUGCAGCUGCACCCGGUGUCAGACUCCAGCCCUGCAGGAGCCAAAUGGACGGAGACGGAGAUCGAGAUGCUGCGUUUGGCGGUGCGUCGGUUUGGAGACGACCUCAACAACAUCAGCACUGUGAUCAAAGAGCGCACUGUAGCGCAGAUAAAGAGCACGGUGAAGAGGAAGUUGUACGAGGACAGCAGAGUCCCUAUUUCCUCUGAGUCCCCGAAGAAGACCGUCAAGAAGACCGCCGUCGCCAUGACGCCGGCUCCCGCCGCUCCCGCCAUGAUUGCUGUGCCGACCUCGCAGGUUGUUGUGGCGACGGGCAUGCAGAGCAGUCCCUCUCUGGCUCCGCCCAUCAAGAAACAGAAGACGGCAGACGUGACGCUCAGCGCUCUGAAUGACUCGGACGUGAACAGCGACCUGGUGGACAUCGAAGGACUCGGCGACGGCUCCUCCAACAAGAAGCUCAAUUUUGACCAAGAGAGCCUGAACCUGGACUCCAGCCUCAUCAUGAACUCCAGUGACCUCCCCCUCCUGUCCCGCUGACCUUUGACCUCUCAGCCGCAUCACGUCGAGCCGCCUCUCAAACACGUAUACUUUUAUUUUUUUUACAAAGGCUCCUUUUGUUACUCUCCUGUUUCCUGACGUCCAUCUGUCAAGACUUCAAGUUCAAGUUCGAGGUGUAAAAACCCAAACACGUUUAGUUGAAAAUGUUACUUUGGAUCGAAAACGCUGGAAAAGUGACACAUUUAUUUACAUGUUUUUAAAAGACCGCAGCUUGCUUUGACAGAUGAACCUCAGCUCAGGUUUUGGUUUGUUGCUUUUUGUGGCAGAAUUAUGUUUUAGAAAUCUAAGAAAAAGGACGAAGAGAAACGCGUCCGUUCUUUACGUCCGUCUGUUAUCAUGAAUAAUAACGUGGAGCUACAGAUCAGUGCUGAUGUUGGGCUCAGUACUUAUUUCAUCCUCCAACUGAUCAUUUAACCUCUUGUGUUACCUCCUUUACAUUUGAGUCUCAGCUUCUGAUUCCUUAAAAAUAAACACACGGUGUUGUUUUCAACAAACUUCCUGCGGCUCUGAAGAUGUUUCCAGACUCCUCGAACCGUCUUCUGCACCGAAAAACACGUUUGAACCCGAUUCUCAAGUUGCAGCUUUACUAACAGCUAAAAUCAGAAAGAGAAGAUAACAGUAUAAAAUAUAGAAAACAAAAACACGAGCUGAGUAUUAAUGUGUUAUUUUUAAAUGAAAAUAUAAAGAAACAUCAAUAACAUUGUUUUGGUUCAGGAAAAACAGGUUAAAAAUCAUGUUGUUGUGCAGGAAACUAAAUGUUUUUGCAUCCAGACGUUUCGAAGAGUCUGGAAAUCUCUUCAGAACAGCAGGAAGUGUUUUUAAACCGUCAAAGAUCACCACGGAUAGAUUACGUAACAAACUGGAUAUCUGUAGCCGUGAAAAGUGAAACAGUCAGUUGGAAACUGAGACGUUUACUGAACAAACGAAUAACUUUAGUUUAUCAAAGUUUCCCCCUGAGCCCGACCAGGACUUUAAAGUACAACUCUGCUGUUAUUCUAGAUUUUCCUCAUCGUCAUCAAAUCUCAUGUUCGGACUCAAACCAGCAACACGUCGGUCCGUCUCUCGGCACCGUCUGACUUCCUGUCGAAGACGUGAAUCUUUAAAAACACAGAUCUGUAGUUUCCUGUUUAAAAAGGCUCAGUAGUUUCCUCAAACAGCUGCUCGCUGUAGUUUUUAUCAGACCAACAGGAGGAAACAGAGCAUCUGUUGGGGACUAUUUCCAGCGGCGGAUGAAUCCACAUGUGGUGCUGUAGUGAGUGUUUGGGGCAGCAGGACGGUGUGUGUGGGGCGGAGGCAGAAUAAACUACAGUGUGUGUGUUCAUGGUGAUGAAGGAACAUGUCGCCCAGUGCAGCAGAGCGGCUCGCUGAUGUGUUUUAACAGUUUCUGGACGACGAUGGAGGAAGAAGAUCCAUCAGCUGUGAUUCACCUGUUAGCAGAGACGUUCGUGAUGGUUUGAGUCUUUUUAUGGGAUUUCUUGAAAAUAAGGAAAAUUCAGAAAGUCACCAGACUCCUCCUCUAAACCGUCAGUGUUCCUGAUGGUUGGCGAUCAUGAUGGUAGCUGCCGCGAGUUAAAAAAAAAAAAAAAAAAUCAUCAUUUUGACUUGAACAUUUUAUCAAUCAGUGGCUGUGAGUGAUGUAAAAACACCGUUUUGAUUAUGUUAAAUAAAAAUAAAAACCCCAAAAGUGAA